CAGGCCCCGCCCGCGCGCGGGGCAGCGGGGCGGGGUAGGGCCCAUGACCAUGGCGGCGUUGAGGGACUGCAAGGCCUGGCAGGACGCUGGACUUGUCCUGUCCACGACGAGCAAUGAGGCCUGUAAGCUCUUUGAUGCUGUGCUGACACAGUAUGCAACCUGGACCAAUAAUGAGAGCCUUGGAGGUAUUGAGGGAUGCCUCGCCAAGUUAAAGGCAGCGGAUCCAAAUUUUACAAUGGGACAUGUCAUUGCUAAUGGUUUGGAGCUGGUUGGCACUGGAAGCUCCGUGCGACUUGACAAAGAGCUGGACUGUGCAGUGAGAACAAUGGUGGCACUUUCCAAGUCGCAGCCACUGACUGAGCGGGAGAAGCUUCAUGUGUCAGCGUUGGACAUGUUUGCCAGGGGCCAGCUUCCAGAAGCUUGUGAUCUGUGGGAACAGAUUCUGCAGAGCCACCCAACUGACCUGCUAGCCCUCAAAUUUUCCCACGAUACUUAUUUCUACCUGGGAUAUCAGGUGCAGAUGCGAGAUUCUGUUGCUCGAGUUUAUCCUUUCUGGACACCUGAUGUUCCACUGAGCAGCUACGUGAAAGGCUACUACUCUUUUGGACUUGUGGAAACAAACUUGUUUGACCGUGCUGAGGAGGUUGCCCAUGAGGCUUUGGCUAUAAAUCAGACAGAUGCGUGGUCUGUCCAUACUAUAGCUCAUGUAAAUGAAAUGAAAGCAGAUGUGAAGAAAGGCUUAGAAUUUAUGAAGGAAACAGAAACCAACUGGAAGAACAGUGAUAUGCUUGCUUGCCACAAUUACUGGCACUGGGCUUUAUACUUCAUUGAAAAGGGUGAAUAUGAAGCUGCUUUGACAAUUUAUGACAAUCAUAUUGCUCCGCGGUGCCUGGCAAGUGGAAGCAUGCUGGAUGUAGUCGAUAACUGUUCGAUGCUGUAUAGGCUCCAUCUGGAAGGUGUAAAGCUUGGAGACAGGUGGAAGGAUGUUCUUGCGCUCACGAAGAAGCACACCAAAGAUCACAUUCUUCUGUUCAAUGAUGUGCACUUCUUGAUGUCUUCACUUGGAGCCAAGGACCACAAAACUACCCAAGAGCUUUUAACAACUCUUCAGGAACUUGCCAAAGCACCUUGUGAAGACCACCAGCUUUCCCUGGCUCCUAGUUUGGGGUUGCCACUGUGCCAUGCUUUUGUAGAGUUUGAAAAUGGAAAUUGUGACAAAGCUGUAGACCUGCUGUACCCAAUCCGUUAUCAACUAAGCCAACUAGGAGGCAGUAAUGCCCAGAGAGACGUUUUCAGCCAGUUAUUGAUUCAUGCUGCUUUAAAUUCUAAAUCACAGGCCAAACGAAACCUUGCAAGGUGCCUCCUGAGAGAACGUGAUGUGGUGAGACCCAAUUCACCAAUGACAGAGCGACUUAUCAGGAAGGCAGCAGCCAUCCAUUCCAUGGCAUAACGCUUUCCUCCAUGCUUCAGAAAUGUCAUACUCUUCAACUGCCCAAGCUCUGGCUUUGCUACCACAUCUGCAAGCUCUCCUGGCCACAGAUGCCUUCCCCUCCUUCCUGCCCAGCUCAGGCUCUUCCCCAUGUUCCGCAGAAGCCUCCUCCUACACACAGUUUCCUUUUGAUCUAAAAAAGCACUUCCAUAGCUGGCUCUGCACUGCCCCUGGAGUUCCUGCAUAGAGGAACAAGAAGUGGAAGUGCCUUGCUGCCAUCCUUCCCCCAGCCCUCCUUUGGGGCAGAAAUUGCUUAUUUUUAAAGCAAUGAUAAUUUGUGAAACCAGGUAAGCGGUUGCAUUCUCUCAUGCGGUCUUGUGACUUAUGAUUACACUGUUCUUCAGCUUCAUCACUGCUUUGUCUGUCCAGCCAUGUCUGGAGGUGACUCACUCUGGACUAAAAUUACACUGUAUUUUUACUAUUAUUUUUAAUCAGUGCAUUUCAAGCAAUGACUUUAGACAGGAACCUUUUUAUUCAAUGAAUAUAACAAAUCUGAUUAGGGAACAAAAGCCUGAGAAAUCUCUGGCUGUCUUUGCAGGGUGUAGUUUAUGUGAUCCAUUGCUACACAAGUUUAAGAAUUACAGUUGAAGUACUUGUGAUAUAACGUAACUGAGAAUUUUGUCUGCUUUACAUCAAUAAACUCAAAGAUGGAUUUGGUUGAGCAAGAAAGUAUAUGAGUUCUUUGCAUGUGUGAAGUUUUAAAUGUGUUACUCAGCUUAAUCUCAUAAACAUGUAACAGUGUACAUCCACUUUGCUUCCAUCACUGGGACUAGAAGCUUUUUCAUUCAACUAGUAUUAAAAAUUUUGCCCAUAAA